AUCUUCUUUGUUUGAACUAUUAAGUUAGCUGUCAGGAAGAUUGAUUUCCAUUGUCAGUGAAGAGGGGCCAUUUUAGAUUAUUGGCCAUGAAGAGAGGAUACCAAGAAUCUUCAUCGUCGGGUUCUCUCGGACCGCCUCAAUCCAAAAUCAGACACAACCCAGAAGGCGAUACCCAUUUUCUGGAGGAUGAGAGUACAAAGGUAUUUGCCAGGAAAGUUGCUGACCAUUAUAGUGCUAGGACGAAUCAAACUCUAGAAGAGCGAGAAGCUAGUCCUAUUAUUCAUUUAAAGAAACUUAACAAUUGGAUUAAAAGUGUAUUAAUUCAACUUUAUGCGCGCCGAGGAGAUGCGGUUCUUGAUCUUGCUUGUGGCAAGGGUGGAGAUCUAAUCAAAUGGGACAAGGCAAAGAUUGGAUAUUAUGUUGGCAUUGAUAUAGCUGAAGGCUCGAUAGAAGAUUGUCGUACACGCUACAAUGGUGAUGCAGAACAUCAUCAACGUCGUAAAAAGUUCACAUUCCCUGCACGCCUUAUGUGUGGAGAUUGUUAUGAGAUCCGGCUGGAUAAAGUUUUGGAAGAAGAUGCACCAUUUGAUAUUUGUAGUUGCCAGUUUGCCCUGCAUUAUUCAUGGUCUACUGAGGCACGUGCACGUCAGGCCUUGGCCAAUGUAUCGGCAUUGCUUCGUCCAGGAGGCAUUUUUAUUGGAACUAUGCCUGAUGCCAAUGUUAUUGUCAAAAAGCUCAGAGAAGCCGAAGGACUGGUUUUUGGUAAUAGCGUUUAUUGGAUACGUUUUGAUGAAGAAUUUUCUGAAAAGAAAUUUAAAUCUUCAAGUCCCUUUGGUAUAAAGUACAAGUUCCACCUUGAGGAUGCUGUUGAUUGUCCAGAGUGGAUUGUUCCCUUCCACGUCUUCAAAUCAUUGGCAGAAGAGUAUGAUUUGGAGCUAGUGUUUGUGAAAAACUCGCAUGUAUUCGUGGACGAAUACUUGAAGAAGCCAGAUUUCAUUGAGCUCAUGCGGAGACUGGGUGCCUUGGGUGAUGGAAACCAAGACCAGAGUACAUUAUCGCCGGAUGAAUGGGAAGUAGCUUAUUUAUAUCUAUCAUUUGUAUUGAGGAAGCGAGGCCAACCAGAGCAGCCACGUGUAAAUGGUAAACGAGACAAAGGCAAAAUGCAUCUAUCAAAAGAAGACAUUAUGUAUAUUGGCAGUGGAAUUUGAUUAAACAUUUGAAGUUAGCCACGAGAUGCAUCUUCAUAUAAGACCUCAAUGACUGCGGCGUGGAAGAAUUCCCCAGGCUGAAGAUAAUUAACUGAUGUCGGAGGCUUUUCAUGUUUAUCCUCCGUGAGUUUGUUACGGAUUUGACACGGCUAAUCUCAAUUUUGUAGGAUUGCAGCAAUGCUAAUAAACUUUUAGCUCAUAAGACUUGAAUAUAUGUAUAAUAUCUUGGAUAAUGAAAUGUUGUUUUUAUCUGUGCCAAAGAAAAUAAUAAAUUACAAACUAAUUAUGUUUAGCAUGGCCUAAACAACUGCAAA